AAACCUGAACCUCAACAACCUGGUCGUCAACUGGCAGCGUGGGGAGUCAGAGGUGGUCCACAGCUAUUACCAUAUUACCAUGGGGGAGAUCAGCUGGAAAGACAGAGUGUUGUUUACAAGGGACGAACUCAUCUGUUUGAAGACCAGCUCACUGUGGGAAAUGCCUCACUUAGACUGAGUGGUGUGCAGCCGAGUGACCAGGGCCCAUACACCUGUGAUGUGACAGAUGAACAGGGAAGCACCCAGGAAAAGCUACAACUUCUAGUGGCAGCCGAGCUGAGACUGAGGGUGCUGGACCAGAGUUUCACCAAGUUUCUCACACUCCACCCACCACCAGUGUGCUAUGUGAUGCCUGCUGAGCAGAGGAGCAGAUUGUUGAUAUAUCCCCUGCUUCUAAUGCUGCUGGGAUUGGUGCUCCUGUUAUCCUGGAAGAGGUCUGAGCAGGAGACCAAAAAGGAUAAGAAAACAGAAGAAUAGAAUGGCCUUCGGUCCAUGGUCACUCAACAGGCUUUAUGCCAGAGCUUGUUUACAGAGAAAACAUAAAGGGGGGACAGACUUUUAUACUAAUAUACAUUUUAAUAGAAAGUCAUUUUGUAAAAUCGGAACUACAAUACAUUAUACACAAAGUUCAACACAAUACAAUGGGAGAUGCACACCACAACACUAGAUGGUCAUAUGUACCUCUGCUCCAAAUCUGGUUCCUUUUAAGGUUUUUUCCUUGUAGGGAGUUUUGACUUACUGCUACUUGCUUAGGGAUUUAGCCCAGGCCCAGGUAAAUCACCUUUUAUAUCCGCAGUUGUCUUACUGGGCUUUAUAAAUUACAUGUAUUUAUUGAUUGAAACGAUGGCAGCUAUAGCGUCUAAUGAAAGUUGUUACGUGUGUUCCAGGCAAUGUACUUUCCAGAAUUGUUUUUUUUUUUAAUAAAAGGAGAUGAACCCCCAA